AGGCCGGAGGGAGGGAGCCCAAGAGGGAAGCGGUCCGAGGAGGAGCCUAUGGCGUGAGCCUCGCCCGCGGAGUAGGGACGCUGCUCGGCCCCCGCCCCGCAUCAUGAAUCUCAGCCGCACUAGCAGCACCUCCGAAAAGGCGACACUGGCCUUGCUCUGGGGCUGUGAGCUGAGCCAGGAGAAGCCGACUUGGACCUUCAGACCCCAGAAGGUGGGGAAGCAGGACUGCACGCUGUUGCUUAGUACGAUUUGCCUGGGGGAGAAAGCCAAAGAGGAGAUGAACCUCGUGGAGAUCCUGCCCCCAGCAAGCCAGGACGACAGAAAGAGGAAGCCCAUCACCCUGGCCUCUCUUCGGGCCUCCGUCCUCCCCAUGGUCGUCCUGGCGGGAUUGGAGCUUUCUCCUCCUGUCACGUUCCAGCUCCGGGCUGGCUCUGGACCCGUGUUCCUCUGUGGCCAGGAAUGUUACAGUAAGUCCAAGCUUGGACCCGAGAAAGGUCUGCAGACCAAUCCUGGGAGGAAGAGGAGGAGGAGGAGGAGGACCUGGAGGAGGAGGAAGAGGAAGAUGAUGAUGAUGAUGAAGACACAGAUGUGUCCCUGGAGGAGGAGACCCCUGUCAAACAAGUCAAGAGGCUGGCGCCCCAGAAGCACACAAGCGUUGCCAAGAUACCAUCCUAAAGACAGGAGCCCUGUGGGAAAGGCCAAAACCACACCCAGACCUAAAAAGCCAGGAUUCAAGAAAUGAGGAGCCAGGAGUGGCCUGGCCGCAGUGACCGAGGGAGGGCCCGUGAGACCACCGUGCUGAGUCUGAAUGUGAUGGAUGUGUUGGGGGCGACACAAGAGCUCCUCACCCCAACUCUCGGUUGCAGCAGGACCUGGAGGGAAGAGCCCCGACCUCAGACCCACAAUAAAGUUUGCUUUGCUAGGA